AUGUUCAUGAAGAAUAUCAGUAUCAUCCUGUGCGUGGUGGGAGCGGUCCUUGCCAACGAUGCCCCGCUGUACCCCGCCCCCGUGCCCUAUAAACACAAUGAGUACUUGGAGACGCACCCCCAGUACAGCUACAGCUACGGCGUGGAGGACGACCUCUCGGGGAACAACUUCGGCCACUCGGAGUCCCGCGACGGCUUCAAGACCGAGGGCAGCUACUUCGUCAACCUCCCCGACGGCCGCAAGCAGAUCGUGACCUAUGCUGACCACGGGGAGGGCCUGGUAGCCGAGGUCACGUACGAGGGCGAGGCUUACUACCCGGAGUAUAACCCUGUGCAGAAGCCUGGGGGUCUGCCCGCCUAUGGGCCUCCUCCUCCUCCAGGGGGGAGGUGUCGUCGUCCUCGCCUGCGUGGCUGUCGUCGUUCUGUGCGACAAGGCCCCGUUACCCCCCUCCUCCCCCCGCCUACCCGCCCUGCCCCUGCUCCUCCUACCACGCCCCCGAACCCGCCUACCACGCCCCCGCACACUACGAACCUGAACACUCUGAUGCAAGUAUAUGAGAAUUCAGUCAGCCGACCAUGUCACUACAAUUGCAAUGUGGCUUUCAUAACUACGUGGAUAAUUAUUUCUUUCGUGUUAGUGUAUUUUUAUAACAACCCUAAGUCGUUUACAAAGCGUGUGAAAGCAGUUUUGGUUCCUCCGAAGUACAGCUACAACUACGGUGUCGCCGACGAGUAUUCAGGAGCCAACUUCGGCCACUCGGAGCUGGACAUGUGGCCAUGGGAGCUUCAAAAGAGAGAAAGGCCUACAUCAGUGGCUUCUUUUUACAAACGCACACACGCACACACACCCGGCGAUAUAGGUAUAAAUAGAGAGGUCCGACACACUGCAACCAUCUGCCUGACCAUCACUCACUCAUCAACCAUGGCUCUGAAGGUCGUCGUCCUCGCCUGCGUGGCUGUCGUCGCUCUUAGCGACAAGCCACCAGUUUAUGCCCCUCCUCCCCCCGCCUACGCCCCUGCACCUUCUUACCACGUCCCUGCACCGUAUCAUCCCCCUGAACCUGCCUACCACGCCCCAGAACCCGCCUACCACGCCCCAGAACCCGCAUACCACGCCCCUGCUCACUACGAGCCCGAAUACCCUGAUGUCCCACCCAAGUACAACUACAACUACGGCGUCGCCGACGGCUACUCCGGCGCCAACUUCGGCCACACUGAGUCCCGCGACGGCUACAAGACCGAGGGCAGCUACACCGUCGACCUCCCCGACGGCCGCAAGCAGACCGUCAAGUACGUGGACAACGGCGACGGCCUUAUUGCUGAGGUGACCUACGAGGGCGAGGCUCAGUACCCCGAGCACCCCGCCUACAAGCCCGCUCCCCCCGCCUACGGCCCCCCUCCCCCCACCUAUGCCUAAGAUGUCUUAGUGUCAAAGAUAUAUUCACCAAAUUGUAUUUAUUUUUAUACAAGAAAUAAAGACUUUACUUUUUAAAAA